AUGGCCGCCGGUAGCGAUGGUGCUGUUGAAUGGGGCGAGACAGCGGUGGGGUCAGGGAAGACUACGUCGUUUCGCGUAAGCGUCCCGCAGUUCAAGGGCGAAAAGCACCAGUACCCCGGGUGGAACAUGGACUUCAGUCGCUUCAUCAACUACAUGAACCUACCCGAGACUUUCUUCGGGAAAGGGACAAUGCCAGAUGUAGCGCUGCCGCGACCCCAACUUCUGCAGGCAGGGUUCACCAUGGACCAGAUCAACAACGCCCUACACGGGUGGCAACUCCUUUCAAACGCGAUGGUUUUUCACCGGUUUGAGCGGUACCAGGUCGACGUGAAGGUAGACCCGAACGUGGCACUGCGUGAGUUGGAGAACAUCCGCGACAUGAUCCAGGAAUGCGGGGGCGCCGCCCUCGAUGACCGGUUCGUGUUCACACGCUUCGUGAAUGCCCUUCCUCAAGAGUACGAGGUCGCAAAAGUGAACCUCUCAUCCGCUGAGAGGCUGACGAGGGGGAACCUCAUGCGCGUGACGGGGACUCGCUACAACACGCUCUGCAGCCAGCGGGAGGCGGAGAAAAGCCACACGAGGGCAGAGGAACAGGCUUUCGUCACAGCCGACGGCGCCGGGAAGGGCGAAAGUCGCAACCGCGCCCGCCGCAAGGGAAACAGCAACGGCAAAGGCAAAGGCAACGAGAGCGGUGGGGGCGGGGCGGAGAAACGGGCACGCGUCCGGUGCUUCCGAUGCGGAAAGAUGGGGCAUCGGAUCGCGGAAUGCCCAACAAAGGAAACCGACAUUGUCCGGUGCGAGGUUUGCACGGGAUUCGGCCACGAAAAAGACCGUUGCCCAAUGGAAGAAGAGAAAGCGGGGAGGGACGUACAGCAGUGGUUACACAACAGCGCGCCUCCAGAUGUAGGGGGGACAGCGCCAGCCGACGCACCCCAGACGUGGGGGGCAGUAUUCUUCACCAGCGCGCCCCCAGAUGUAGGGGGGGCGGCGCAGGUCAACGCUCUCCAGAUGCAGGGGAGGGCAGCAGUUCUUCACCGGCGCGUCCCCAGAUGUAGGGGGGACGACGCGGGUCCACGCUCUCCAGAUGUAGGGGAGGGCAACUUUUCUUCACCGGCGCGCCUCCAGAUGUAGGGGGGGCAACGCCGGUUAAUGCUCUCCAGAUGUAGGGGAGGGCGGCAUUUCUUCACCUGCGCGCCUCCAGAUGUAUGGGGGGCAGCGUUGGGCUUUUCGGUUGGGCGGUUCUCCAGAUGAAGGGGGGGGGGCUGCACAGUCAUCACAGAUCUCUGCCAACGCGCUUCCAGAUGUAGGGGGGGCAGCGUGGGCAUUUGUCGUUCUGGUCGGCGCGCUUACCAGGGUGGCGAUCAGCUGCAGGGAUUUUUGCGGGUGGGUGGGAGGAGCCGGAGUCCACUUGGCAAUGGAGAGAAGACCCCCGCUGAGACCGACAAAUCCGGUUGGUACCUGUAGCAGAGGAUACUGGUAGCAAUUUGAGUUUUCUUGCGUGUGGUCGCACAAUAUGGGAGGGCAUCCAAUGUGGCGUCAACCUGAUGUUCGUAAACGUGCAUGUCUCUGACGGCCUCCCCUCGACAGUCGCUACCGUGUUUUGAUCGUAUCAACGUCGUUCCUUGUUGUUCGAAUUGUAGGUCAGAUGUCGCGGGAGAGCACAGCUGUGUUUCAGCUAGCGUUGGUAUAUUGAUAAUUGUUCUUUCCUGAAAAUGUUGAGAUGAUCAUUUGAACCAUCGAUGUAGUUUGGUCAGCUUAGUAUGUCGCCAUGAAGGGGAAUUGGAGUUGCUGAAAUAAAAUGCCAACGUAGCGCUGUGUUUGGCCUUCGUUUGUAGGGCGUUGGAGUAGUUGAGAUGACAACAAUGAUAUUUUAUUUUGGCAGUCGUGGAAUCAUUGCGAGGGUUUUCGACUCGGAGGCCGGGUUUUCCCUUGCAACGGUGGUGUCCGAGUACGUUGAGCGACACACGGUGAUGGUUAAUUACUAGCGUAAGGAACCAGGGAGGGUGUUCGUGCGUGUGCAGAUGUAGGAAGGAUCUGAGGAACGGUUCUGUGUUCUGUGCAUGAACGGACCCGCUGUGGUACCUGUUGUAGUAGACUUGGAUGAGUCUGCGGUGCCCCCAUGCUGCGUCAGCCUGUGUGGGGCACUCUUUUUCUCCUCUGUCUGUCGUGCGUUUGUCCUGCGGAUCUAAUACAAGCAAUCAACGACACUUUCCAGUCACUGGACACAAAUGCGGGCAUACCCAGCAAUCACUCCGGCUCUAGGAGUGGUCA